AUGGUUAACAAAGCAGCAGCUUUCCAAAAAGGCCGUCAAUUAUUGACUGAUGCAGUACAAAAAACGCUCGAAGGAGACCUAGAAGCUGUCAAAAAUCUUCUAUCUCCAGAUUUUGAAGAUAAUUUAAACGAAAUCAUGGAAGGAAAUGGAAGAAAGCUUAUCCAUUUCGCAGCUACAGGAGGCCAUAAGCACAUCUUGGAAUGGAUGAUAGAAAAUCAUGCAGAUCCAAACUCCCUUGACAAUGAUGGAAAUUCUUUUCUUUCUUUAGCAAUUUACCACGAAAAACUCGAAAUCAUUAAAUACGCUGCUGAAUCAUAUCCAAAUCUGAUGGCUUUAAAAAACAAAAAAGGUCUUUCCCCCAUUCACAUUGCAGCAGAAACAGGGAAUAUAGAAGUUCUUGAGUAUCUUAGAAGCAUUCAUCCAAAUAUUGAUGAAGAAAGUGAGCAUGGGACUCCUCUCGAAUAUGCCCUUGUCUGGAAAAAAACUGAUAUGUUUCUUCAUUUGCUAGCUUUAGGGGCGAAUCCGAAUGGCAGCCAAGGAAAAAAUAUUCCUCCACCUUUAGUCAUUGCAGCUUCUAUGAACUAUACAGAAGCUGUACACGCUUUAGUGAACGCAAACUGUAAUGUUAACUUGCCUGACAAAGAUGGCUGUACAGCUUUAGAAGUUGCUUCUGAGUUCGAUUUUAGAGAAUUAUUUGAAUUUUUAUUAGAAAGAGGAGCAACUGUUAAUGGAAGAACAAUUUUGGCUGCCUAUAAAAAUAAUAAAACAGAAGUUGUAGAUAGGCUGCUUCCUUUAACCAAAGUGGAUGAUAUUGCAAUUGAGCCUUUAUCACAAAUAAAUCCAGAAAUUGCUGAGGAGUUUAAAGUUCAAGGAAAUGAAGCUUUUGCAGCAAAAGAAUAUGGCAAAGCUAUUGAGUUCUACACAAAAGCGAUCGCAAACAAUCAUAAAUCAAUCUAUUUUUCAAAUAGGAGCCAAGCGUAUAUUUCGAAUUUUGAGCCAAAAGAAGCUCUUUUAGAUGCAAAAAUUGCAAGAGUUUUAGACCCAAGCAAUUUUAAGGCUUAUUUGCGUGAGGGACAAGCUUUGGAUAGCCUUGAACAAAAGCGAGAUGCUGCAGCCUGCAUAUGGCAAGCUUUAAAAAUGACAAAGGACAAGUCAAUACAAAAAGUUUUUGUGUCAACUCUUAAAGAGAUUAAUUAA